UUAUGCUUUUUCGCUCAUUCUGAUUUGGUGAGUACCCCUUUCUCCUGUGGGUGAAGUGGAAGAACAGACCGAUUCCCAGACCCUCUGUGCCAGAGACCCCCUGCCUUCUCCGCGUUCACCCCUCUGGGGCUUUGAUGUCCUGAUGAGGCCGGUGAAGGUGUGACCUCACACCUUGCUGUCCAGGAUAAAUGGAGGAGCAGCACAGCCUUCCUCAGUGAACUCGCCGCACUGCCAGUGACACAACCUUUCCUCCAGAAGAAAACCUGCAGACAUGGACGCCUCUCUCUCCCAGCUCCUGCUCCACGUGGACGAGCCACUCUUCGGCUGCGAUGCUCUGCUGGAGCAAAUCUGCUCCGUGUCGGACUCCGGCUACUACAGCGCUACCGGCAGCCUGUCCCCGGCCUCCUCCAUCGACUCCUGCUGUUUCUCUCCCCCACCUCCGCAGUCUGCAGCGAGGCAGGAGCCCAGAGACCUCCAGCUCCUCCUGAGCACCACUGCUGCCCCGGCACCUGUCCAGGCCAAGAGGAGAUCCAGGUCAAAGUAUCCUGGGAAGAAACGCCAGAGCGCCAGCGAGAAAGAGAAACUGAGGAUGAGAGACCUGACCAAGGCCCUUCACAACCUCAGGACCUACCUGCCCCCUUCAGUGGCUCCGGCGGGACAGACCCUGACCAAGAUCGAGACCCUGCGCCUCACCAUCCGCUACAUCUCCCACCUGUCGGCGCAGCUGGGGCUCAGCGAGGAGGCGCUGGCCCAGAGAACCCAGAAAGAUGUAUCCCUGUCUCCCUCUGUUCCACAGGACAACAUGCAGAUCAGCAUCCAGGAGGACUCUGAUGCCAUAUUUCAGGCAGAGCAUGUUCAUAUGAAUUCUCAAUUUCCAGUGACAUCAGCUGAGCCUUCAAGCACAAUGCAGUCAUGGCAGCCUUCCAGUGGUCAUUACAGCCUGACCAAGGGCCUGUCUGCAGAUUACUGGUCAGCACCACAGCAGCUGUUGCUACCUGGAGCCUGCAGUCUUUGAGAACUAAGACUUUGCACAUGCACUGUGAAGCACACAGCAGCAACACCUUCCUUUAGAAACAGCCUGGGUACGAACUGUGAGACACU